AUGUUGAUUCGUUGGAAGAGCAAAGAUAAAAGUGCAUCGACAAAUCAAAGCGGCAGUGGAAGCAGCAGCUCAUCGUCAAAGAAGAAGCGCAAAGGACGAGAAGGAGAAGAAGACUGGCAAAAUGAAAAUAAACCGGGUCGCCUGCCGCCCAGCGAGCAAAGUGGCGACGAACGCAGGCGUGCGAUGCGACGCGAUGAUCCACGACGGCACACGCUUGGAGGCGACAUUCUGGUCUACGGCAACUCGCAGCAUCCGCACGCACACCAAAUGACGCAGCAGCAACGCGCCAUGGACCUAGAGAUGAGCACCCGAGCGCAAAAAAAUAAGAAAAAUCAGCCAAUGCGCGGCUAUGCGCCCGUCAAUCAAGGACCGCUGUUCGAUGAUGAUCCCGGCAUUAUGUCCGAGGUGGAAACAGCAAGCACUGGAUUUCGGCGUGGCGGCAAACAGCGCUCCUCGUUGCCAGUUGUGCGCACACCGUCGAAAACUCUGGAGCGGCCGCUUGGGCUCGUGUUCCUGCAGUAUCGGUCGGAAACGAAGCGAGCUCUCCUCCCAAAUGAGAUCACAUCAAUAGACACUGUGCGAGCGUUGUUCGUGCGCUCGUUUCCACGUCAAUUGACCAUGUCGUAUCUGGAGGGGCCGAACGUUAAGAUCUACAUUCACGAUGCUAGCAAAGACAUGUUCUACGAGCUAGAGGAUGUGCGCUCGCAUCUCCGUGAAAUACGCGAUCGCUCUGUGUUGCGGCUCUUCGAGUCCACCGAGGUGGCGGCUCCGCCUCAGAUUUUGCCCGGUGGUCCUGGGAUACCGCAGCCAUUGCCGCAGGCACCAUCGAACUGGGAUCAGGAUCAAAGUUAUUUCAGCGAGCCGGAGUUCGAUUCCGAUUUUAAGCAUCAGCACAUUCACAAAUCGAAGAUCGGCAAACAAGCAGCCCCGUAUUAUGUUGGCUCAUCGCAGACGUUACCCAGAGGAAUGUAUGCCUCAGAGCGCAAUAAAGUGUCAAUGGAUGGUUAUACCAGCUCCCCGGAGAGAAGCACACGCGGCAACUAUGAGGAACCCUACUACAGCCAGUAUGGAACUCGCGGGACUGUCGUGGCGCCCAUAAUCGACGAAGAACAAAGCGAGGCGGCGCUCGCGGAAGACCAAUACUCUCUGUAUGGCAUUAAAGUUGGCCCCAAUCGUCUGCCCCAUCGUGGUAAUCAGAUUUACGAUCCAACCAGACCUGAAGAUUUACAUCGCAUACGUGUCGAGCAUAUGGAGCGGCAAUUGGCCAACUUGACGGGACUGGUCCAGAAGGCUUUAGUCAAUCAAAAUCCCCAAAUCGCUCCAAUGGCUGUUCCUCAAUUAGACUCCAACUAUCUAGUUGUUCCAUCACAAAUACAAGCCAACGGUUCCGCUGACGAGCUGUACGUUAGGGAAAAGGCGCCAAAGUUGGGCAAGAACUCAUGUCAGAAAUCCGUGUCGUUUGAGAAAUCAGUUUCGUUUAGCGACGAUAUACAGGGAAUUCCCAAAUCUCACAAUCCUUUACAUGCCGCUGAAACGAAGCCAACCAAGCCGGCAAUCAAGUCGUCUACCUUGCCACGCACCUCGUCACAAGAACGCGAUCGCCUAAAGCCCCCUCCACCACCCAAACCAAUUGUGCUGGCUCAGACAUCCCACCCAAGCUACCGGGCGGACAUUGCACUGGCGCCUGAGGUGUACAACCAUUUGCGUGGCCUGCAAAAGAAAGCGAAGGAUUUGCGGAUGGAAGUGCGCACCUUGAGACGAUUAUCGCAAGCCCAAUCAGUGGCUGUGCGCGAGGAUAUAAAGAGCACAUUUAUGCGCAUUCGCGCCACCCUCUUGGCGAGCAGCGGAAGCUUUUGGGGUCAAGGUGAUCAGGAUACUACGCGCAUAUCGAGGGAGGAGGAAUUGUACAAGCAGGAGGUCAUACGACUUGAAAAGGAUCUCAGCGAUUUAGAAGCCUCUGUGGAGAAUUUACGUGGUGAAGUUAUUAAUCGACGGACACGUGUUAAUAUGACUGCUGUGGAGGACAUGGCAUUAGUUCUAAGUCGCGCAAGCAAAACUGUUGCUGAACUUAAACUAAAGUUUCCAACUCUGUCUAAUGGGUUACGUUGCAUAUUAUCCAACGAAAUGGAAAAAGUGGUGCGAGAAGAAAAGUUCCUAAAAGAAGAGCCGGACCGCUUGGAGUCGGCAUUACGUCGAUGCAAAAAGCUGACAGGCACCUUGGUGACACUUAAACGUUUGGCUAGCGUGCAGGAACAACGCUUACCGCCCAAUGAGCCGCCAAUAACUGAAGAGUCUUUACGUUCUACAGAUAUAUCUGUUCCUGACAAGCCAAUCCCAACACCCAGGAUGGGGUCGUUCUCUAUCAGCGGGGGACUCGCACCCGAAAACGCACUCGAUGCUCUGCUAGACGAGCUUAAAACAUUUUCUAAGCCAAUUGCUCAACAACAACAACAACAAAAGCAACAAUUCGAAGUGAGAAAAAAUAUAUGUGUAAAAAGUUCUUAACUACAAUUCUUGUGUUUUAAUUGCGAACAGGCUCGCCCCGAAGAUUCUAUAUCCGAUGAGAGCGCACAGGCUGCUGUGCAAAGUACAGUCACCACGCAAAUAUCACAGGCCCGUCUUUUCACGGAGGCCAACAUCAAUAUGCAACAGGCGAACACAACAACAACAACAAAUAGCAUGGUUAUGGCCAUGACUGCAAGCAACAACACACCAGCUCCACGUGGAUCCCUUACGCAUCAGCAAUCCCAACAGCAAUUGAUGGUGCACACUAAUGUGGGGGGCAGUUUGCGUCGUCUGCACUCAUUCCCCAGCGAAUCGGACAACGAGUUUCCCCCAACUGGUUCCAGGGCCAGCGACAGUCUCAGUCUCAGUCUCGCUAAUGGUGGUAACAGUAGCAGUAACAGCAGCAGCAUCAAGCCACCAGUGCCCGAGCGUAAUGCUGAUCUAAUAUCUAAAGUGGGCCACAAACGCAUACCGCCACCACCGCCGCCACGUACCAGCUCACGCAGUCCACUGGCCAGUCCGACAAGCCCAAAUGUGCCACAGAAUAUAGUUGCUGCCGCAGCUGCUGCCAAUAUCGGGGACAACAAUAUAACGAUUGGCAUCGAGACAGUCGUUAUGGGUGUUAUGGGUGGUGGUGACACAUCAAGCGGCGACAAUUCCAGUGGCAAUGAGUCCGGCAACGAUCAUGCACAACGGCAAGUCGCGCUCGAGAUGCGCCACCAGGAGCUGCUGAAGAAGCAAAAGCUGUUGCAGGAGCAAUACCAGCGACUGCAGCAGAUGAGCAAGCUACCUUCCGUUGAUAUAUCCUGCUCGUCGCAGGAUAUUACUACUGGAGCAGCGAGCACAGCAGCACACACGCUCAAACAACUUGGCAGCGAAACGAAUAUUCAGCAAAAGAUUGCCGCACUGAAUUUAGCAUGUGAAACGAACACUGCUAAUGCUGGCGCUGCUGCGGCGGCUGCGGCCGAGAGUGCUGCCACUGCGGCUACUAAUGGUGUGUUGAUCAGUGAUGCUACGGGUGGUGUGGUCGGCGGCGCUGUCGGUGCUGUUGUAGGGUCGUCGGGUGGUAAGGGCGCUGCUGCUGCCGCUGCUGGUGCUGGUGCUGGUGGAAACACAACCACAAUGACCACCAAGCAGGUGUAUGAAACGGAAAUACUUUAACACAACUGGAAAUUGGCGUGGAGCGAAACGAAAAUAGAUAUUUAACUAUGCACAGGGCCUGUGUAACUAUCUCUGUCACAUGCAUGAGUGAUUCCCUUCUCCCUCUUUCUAUCCCUAUCUCAUACUCACGCACUCGGUGUCUAUCUUCGACUCUCUUUCUCUAUGUCUGUCUAGCUCUCUCUCUCUCCCUCUCUGUCUCUCGUUCUCUCUGUAUAUCACACACUAUCCUAGUCAUCCAGCUUCUACAACAUGUAAAGACUUCAAGUCCUUGGCUCUAUAGUAUCUCGAAUAUUUCAAUAAGAAUAAUAAUAUUGUAAGUGUCAAAAAGUACUCAAUAGAUGUUUAACCUAAAUGUCGUACAUACAUCUAGUAUGCACAUUAUAUAUGGUAUAUGUAUUCAUAUACAAUGCACACCACAUAUAUAGUAUGUAUGUAGGUAUGCAAGUCUCUCGUAUACUUGUACACUAUGCGUGUAUGUAUGUACACUUUGCCAAAUCAAAAUCUUAACAAAACUGUUUGCAUAUUUGAAUUGUGCUGAAGCAAUACGUUCACAAGAAACGUAUUUGGGGCAAAUAGUUCAACGCGCGAUGCAUUUGACACUGACUCUACUUUGUACAACAAAUAGUUGUACUUAAAUAAAUUAUAUUCAGUCUGUUUUCAGGAAUACUCACUUGCCCAAAUGCAUCAUGUAUACGUUGUGCCAUUGUUCCCCAACGUUAUCGAACAUUUUGCAUAUUGUACUUCAUAUGCAAGCGUGCUUAGUAUUUAGAAUCAAAAAAUCCCUGCCAUGCCUGUGAAUGAUAUAAUCCAUGCAUACAUAUAAGCAAUCUCCAACAGGUGUGUAGUAUGUUGCAUUCAAAUACCCCGAUCAAUUGUCGUCAGGCUACACAUAGUAUUGGCUGGGUCACAUAAUAAAUACACAGAACAGAAUAAAACAGAAUGAGAAUAAGAAACAGUAAAACAUCACAAAACCAUAUAACCAUAUUAUUUGCAUAUUUACGUUAAUAUAUAUUUCAUAGUAUUUUGGUAUGGGAUGUGAGACUGAUAGUUCUAUAUAUGUAGAUCAUCAAGAAAUAUAUAUGAAUACAUAAAUAAUUAAUAAGUACAUCCGUUUAUCUUGUUAGAAUCUUAAACUAGCUAAUUUUAACCCCAUUUCGGUGAAUUCUUCCCAAACAAAAGACAUUCAAUUGAAUAAGCUAGGCUCUGUUAUUGUAGUAUUCAUUUAUUGUUCGUUCUUUUUGCAACCACAACAUUUUUGUCUUGCAAUCUUGGGAAGAGCCGCACCGCUCACUUCGGAAUACCGAAGUAGUAUAUUGUUGUUUAGUCGCAUAUCCAUGAAAUGGGCUUGCAAAGAUGUUUAAUAAUUUUAUAAAUGUCCAUUGCAAUCAAAAUAAGUCAUUUUGUCCAUUUAUUUUGCAGUAUUGGUGAACUAGUUUAUGCUACAUACAUCUUAUAUGUAUCUUUGUAUCUGUAGUUAGCUUCUCCUAAUCAACUAUGUUAUUUAAAAUCAAUUUGUUUAUGCUGCAAAUAUUCUACAUACAUACAUAUGUAUGCAAAAUUCGUAGACCAACACUUAUGUUUAAUCAAUUAUUAUGUUGUACAUAAUAUCAUUUACAUGAUGAUAGAGUCGAACUACUUUCAAUCGAAAAGUAUCUCAUAGUUGAUUAUUUUUAAAUAAUAAUAGGUUUUUACAUGUUUUUAGCAAAUCAAAAUACUUAUUAUUUAUAUAUAAUAUGCAUAAAAGAUAUAUUUAUAUAUAGUCAUAUAGAUAUAUAUAUAUAUAUGACUUAUACGUACACUAACAUAUGUACAUAUACACAUGUGUGGAGAGGCAUUUUAAUUAUGAAUUCAGUAUUACACUUGUACAAUAAGGAUAUUAAAUGUGUACAUAUACAUAUAUACAAUCACAAAUUUGUUGCACUUAAACCAAAAUUUUUAUAUGAAUUUAAAAUGCAUUUCCAAGAAAUUUUGACACAAUUUUACGUAUUUUGUCUUUGUACAUUUAUAUAUGGCAACGGCGGGUAUAUGCACCUCUCAGAAUUGAUGUAUGUAUGUUAUGUAUGUAAGUCUGCUUGCCCUGCCAAUGAUACACUUUUCUGACUUUAAUAAGCAUUUUAGAUAACACUUUGUUUAUCUUGUUCUUAGUUGUACAUAUAAAAUGGUAUAUAUACAUAUGUAUUAUAUUUAUAUGUGUAUGUUCACCUAGGACACAACAUACAGCCAUAAGUCCGUCGAUUUUGACAAACAUACAUACAUGUACAUGUGUAGAUGAUAUUAAUAAUGUUUCCAUAACUGUCUCACUGCUACAAAAUCAUGAAUCACAUUGAAAAUGAUAAACAAAAAUACGGUGAAAUAAACCGGUACGUUGUGAACCACUCGAAACUAAAAUUAAAUUACGAAUAUGUAUAUCUUUUGAUUAUCAUUAACACUUUCGUAUUUAAAUUACUCAUAUAAUUCCAUUGACUUUUAAAUUCUAUUCAACACAUAUAAGGAAACAUAACGAUGCACUCGAAGUAUUAUAUACACAUUGAUAUUUACAAUAAUGAAAGGCACGUUAAUUUUUAAUAAUUUUGAUGAAGUUUGGACGGAUAUGUAUAACAUACAUUUAAUAGUCACGCAACGAAAAACAUUUUUUUAAUGAAUUGACUAGAGCGAUAAGAAUUACGAAACUACAUAUGUGAAAGUAUGUAAAUACUCUAAAGCGGAAAAUAUAAUAAAAAGAAAACUUAUUUAGAAA